GCUGUUUAUUUCCGGUAGAAACGGAAGUGAAUCCAAAGGGCUUGUGUAGGUGACCGAAUGACAGAUAGCUGAAGCAUUUUGAAAACAUUCUCACAGCAUUGACUGAAGACAACCCGAUUGAGCACAUUCAGUGCAUAAUCUAUAAAAAAUAAAAUGGGAGCCCACCUGGUCAGACGCUACAUCACUGAGACCGACACCGAACCAGAUCCGGCCAAGAAAUUCGAGUUCGAUCCCCAGUUUGGGUUUCCUGAGAGGAAAGAACGAGAGAUGGUUGCGACCCAAGAGCAGAUGAACUUGGCCCAGCUGCCUUUGGAGCAGAGGGACUAUUGUGCUCAUCACCUCCUGAAGCUCAUGAAGUGCAAACGGGACAACUGGCCAAACUUUCUUUCCUGCAAACAUGAGCGACAUGACUGGGACUACUGUCAACACCAGGACUAUGUGAUGCGGAUGAAGGAAUAUGAGAGGGAGAGGAGGCUCCAGCUGAGGAAGAAGAGAAUUGAGGUCAAUGUUGAAGCUGCAUAGUCAAGCACAUCGGUUCCCUCGUCUCUGUAUAUACCUUACACUGUUCACAUUAAACAGUGCUGCUAAAUUACA